AUGUCUUUUCCUCCCAAACAGAGUAUCUCCGAUUGGGGAAUAGACACGGGACAGGACACAGGGCCGGCUCACUUGAUGAUUCCGCCUGGGUUCACAAAUCCAAACAACCACUUGGUCCAAUCGCCAAACAGCUCGACGUGGUCUGCGAAUUUGACCCCGAUUUUCUCGGAGCUUAACGAGAUUGGCGAAAGAUUAAGCAGCAUAUCCUCAACAGGUACAUUUUUCAACUCCAAGAGCAUACAACAGCCAUCUCAGCAGCGGCAACAGAAAACAGGAGACAACAGAUCUGUUUUUACAGAGACACCCAGAAUCAGCCGGAUAUUUGAUCUCUGGAAGAUCAAGACUAAUAUUUCGAGCGACGAGCUCAAUUGUGACAAACAACAGAGUUUUGAAAAGUUUAAGUUUUCCAUCAUAGCCUCUCCAUUGGUGAAUGACGAUGAUCACGUCAGACAUCAGAAAAGAAUACGAGACUUGAGUUUGAAUUCCAUUCGGAGCAAGACGACACGAAAAAUUGACCAGGCCGUUUUCAACUCGUCGAGAUUCCUAUUUUUGGCCAUCAACCUGUGCAUUUACUCUUCGAAGUUCAGCUCCAGCACUAGAAGUGCCAAUUUGCUGGCAUUGAUGGUUAUUUCGCUGGCAAACCUGUAUACCAGAUUCACACAUGGGUUGCAGAUCAGGAAACUGUUGCCAUUGAUAUCCAGCCGAUUAGCUGAUUUCAUUAGGCUCAAUAACGAACUAUCCUCAGCUCUGCUGGAUAGUGUAUCUGGGCUGGGUUUCCAGGAUAAUUUCAAAAUGGAGUUGAAUUCGAUAGUUGGUAAGCACAGAAUACUCAAAAAGCGAGUCAAAAGUUUCAGAUACAAGGAGAAGGUCCAGAGCAUUCUCAGACUGCUCAUAUCGUCAUUUGACCUCAAGAUAAAACGCACUUUGCCUUAUGUCAACUUGUCGACACUGUCGUUGUACUUUGAUAUCUAUCAAAUCAAUCUUGCGGGCAAGAACGGGCACGUGUUAGACAUAUUGCACAACGGUGAAAACAAUCAGGAGCACAACCUGAAACCUCUGUUACUGCUCAGUGACACUGGCGACGACGAAUACGACAAAGAGAAUAACGACGACAAUUUCAAUGCGGAAGGUGAUCUACCUCAUGCAACUGUGGAUCUGCUUCACUCAAAUCUGGAACUCUACGAUCCAGUCAAGAUGUUAAAGGUGUUUGUCAUGUUGCGCCGAAUUUUACUCUGCAUCUUUCUCUCAACUUUAGAGAAUUCAAACUCAAGCUCAUCUUCAAACGUGAACGAAGAGGAAUUCAGACAAUUAGUCAUGGACAAGUUUGGCCUCGAAUUCGUACAAUUUUUGAGCACGACUACCAAACUCAAGGUGCUGAAACAUGUUUUGGAAUCAUGCAACGAUUCAAUCUCAGACAUGAUAUCUCAAAUAAGUGACUUGAAUUCUGAGAACGACGAGGCAUUACUAGGGAAAGAUGAACAGAUUGUUGUCAACACGAUAGACAUCAUUGAUGCCAUGACAUACAAGAUCAAGAACUGGAAUGUGAAGAAUGGUGAUAGUAUCUCUAAGCUGAGAGAUAUGAAAAGGGAACUUCAGAAUAUCACCAGAUUUGUCAAUGAGGGGUUGGGCAGACUUGAAGAUGAGCAUAGAAAUCAUUCGUCAACCAUUUCGCCUCUACUUAAUAAGAGAGGAGCUGGUUUCCCCUCCAGCUCGAAUCCGAGGAGAAUUUCCAGCGGCCUUCCCUUUAAUUUGGUAAGAAUCCAAACCAAUUCCGAGCCUGAAGAAGAGGCCCAGAUGUUUGAGGUCACCCCGAAUCAAAGUCCUAACCUCGCUUUUCUAGAAAAUAACGAAGCCCAGAACACUGUGAUAUUCUUCGGGGACAAUCCAGAAGAGGUCCCUUCGGUUCUGAGCAGAGCCGAUUUGACCAGAGAGCUACAGAAGAAGUUCAAUGACCCUGCAGCUGAAGAUUUCGUGAUGUCCACACCCGAAGCUUCCAAAGUACAUGACCAAAACGACAUCAUACUCACUGGUGACGAGUCCAAGAUGAAGAUGAUCUUCCAGGAGGAACUCAAGAGGAAGCUCAUGAAGCUCUGA